AUGUUUCGUCCUCCUGCUGCCGUUGGCAUGAGAUAUGCUGGAUUGGGCUUGACAAGUUCGAGAACUGACGCUGGUGCCGAGUUUGGCAAUACAGUGGAGGCUGCUAGUAAGGCAGUCGAGCAAAAGCGCAAAUUCAUUGCGUUCCGUGACAAAACUCCAUUUCCGAACAUUUGA